AUGGUAAAAGAGAAAAUUCGACCCAAGAGAAAUUCUCCCAAGAGAAAUUCUAGAAAUUUUUCUGGACCUCCUAGAGAUUUUCUCUCCAAAGAAAUUCUGGGAAUUUCUCUGCACUUCCUAGAGAAUUUCUCUGGACCUCCCAUAGAUUUUCUCUCUAGAGAAAUUCUCUCCAGAGAAAAACCAAACUGGUUGUGGGAUAGAUUUCCAACAACAAGGACAGUGCAACAAAUGAUGGAAACCAUGGAGAGGAUGAUGGAAGACCCUUUUGUCUACACCAACGGGUGGCCGUCGCCGACAUUAACUGAGACCGGCGAGUACAACAGGGGAAGGACUCCAUGGGAGAUAAAGGAAGGAGAGGGAGAGUACAAGAUGAGAUUCGACAUGCCCGGUAUGACCAAAGAUAAUGUGAAGGUCUAUGUUGAAGAGAAAAUGUUGGUUGUCAAGGCUGAGAAAAUGGCCAAGGACAGAAAUGGCCAAGAAAGUGAGGUAGAAAAUGAAGAGUGGUCUGUAAAGAGCCAAGGUAGGUAUAGUAGUAGCGUUGCUUUAAUUGAGAAUGUUGAGUUUGAGAAGAUUAAAGCUGAGGUUAAAGAUGGGGUUUUGUAUAUAACUAUACCUAAAGCUAGUGGCACUUCCAAGGUUUUGGACAUUAAUGUUCAACGAGUAGUUGAAUGUAUAAUCAAUUAUUAGGGUUAAUUUAGUGGUUAGAUUUCCAUGUUAGUGAGUUUAAUAUUUUCUCUCCUCCAAUGUAGUGAAAAAGAGAGUAGUCUUUUCAAUUUAGUAUUUUGUUCUCUUUAAAUAUUUUGUGUUGGUUUCAUUUUUAUUUUGUUUUUCUAAUUUUGUUUCUCAUUGAUUGUUUAGGAUGUUCAUGCCUUAUUUUAUAAUGAGUCCAUGAAAUUAACAUUUUCAAUGUA